CACCGCAGCUACCGGUCUACGCUGUCUCAACCGCCACCACGAGCAACGACGACGCGACAACGUUGACUCUCCCAACACCCGCAAAAGCACACGGCGGGACGAGAAGACAAGUCGCCACGGACGAGUAGUACCGGCCGCCGACGAUAUCGCUCUCUUGCAGUCUUGCGGUGACUUUUGUUGAGUGUUGUUGUUUACUUGUCGCGGCUGAGUGAUACUGUAAAUUAUUCUUGCUGGCAUACCGAACAUACGAAUCUUGUUCGUUUCCAAUACUGUUGACGGCAUUUUCAUUGGAAAAUUGCAUUACACUGCCACUGCGUUUUCAUUGUCACAGGCGUCAACACCAUUGGUCUUUUAACCAAUUUAUAUAUCACACAUCAGAAAUGGCCGAGCACAAAGGAGAUGCCCUUGAAUACAUUAAUGUUAAGUUUCUUGACAUGGAUGAUUUUAUUGUCCAAUUCAAGAUUAAGACAGAUGAUUCUCUAAUACAGCUCAUAAAUCAUUAUUGUGAAAUUAAUGAUUUAGAUAAGGAAGAAGUAAGAUUCAGAUUUUAUGGACAAAAAAUUGAGGAAGCUGAUACUCCGUCUUCUCUUGAAAUGGAAGAAGGUGAUACCAUUGACGUCUUUAAACGGCAGAUUGGUUAAAAUAUAAACAUAUUUGUUCUAUUAUUAAGAGGAUGUUAUGCAUACGCGUGUUUUUCUGUUAUUUGAGGGUAAA